AGUUUGGUCAACGAAUGCCACUCAAAGAUUCAAAUGGGAAUGUAAAAAAAGUAAAACACGGAACGAAAUCUCUUGCCGUUUUGGUUCGUAUCGUAACGGUAUCAGAGAAAGAAAAGUCACAAUCUUCGAACAGCUAUAGCCAAUCUUAUCGUCCAGUCCAACAAAACAUCUUUCCUUUUUUUAUACUGUAUUAUUUUUAAAACAACCAGCGCAGAGUUUUCAUACUCUGUCUGUCCAUUAUUGUCAAAGUCUAUAUUUUUAUUUAUUGGGAUUCCUUUUUUUUUUGGUAAAAGAUUUAUUGGGAUUCCUAGUAUCUUAUAUAUAUACAAGUGAAUAAAAAAAACACGGUGGCUCCAGAUUCCCAAGAAGAUACGUACUCCAUACAGCUUCUUAGAGACCUGGUUGAAAGGAAACAUUCGUCAUGGCAACCGCUCAUGAAAAUGUGCCUUCUGCCAAUCUUGAGGGAAAAUAUAUUGCAAUUGCAGUAUGCUGGCUUCUAGGAAAUGGGUGCCUCUUUUCAUGGAACAGUAUGCUGACAAUAGGAGAUUACUAUUCUUACUUGUUCCCGAAAUACCAUUCUUCAAGGGUCCUUACUCUUGUUUAUCAGCCAUUUGCAUUUGGAGUACUUUGCGUUCUAACAUACAAGGAAGCAAAAAUCAAUACUAGACGAAGAAACCUCUUUGGAUAUAUCCUGUUUUUCAUAAGUUCUCUUUUGAUUUUAGUAUUGGAUUUAGCAACUUCUGGAAAAGGAGGACUUGGACCUUUUAUUGGAUUAUGUGCCAUUAGCGGUGCUUUUGGAGUUGCAGAUGCUCAUGUACAGGGUGGAAUGGUUGGGGAUCUCUCCUUCAUGCAUCCUGACUUCGUUCAGUCUUUCUUUGCUGGUUUGGCUGCAUCAGGGGCUCUAACCUCUGCUUUGAGGUUAAUUACAAAAGGAGCUUUUGAAAAUACCAGGGAUGGUCUUCGCAAAGGAGCCCUUUUGUUCUUUUCCCUUUCCGCCUUUUUCGUGUUUCUUUGUGUUCUUCUCUAUGCAUUUGUCUUUCCAAAACUCCCAAUUGUGAAGUAUUACCGCUCAAAGGCAGCCUCAGAAGGAUCAAAGACUGUUUCAGCUGACCUUGCUGCUGGUGGCAUUCAAACAUUACCACAUCAACAGGCAGAGGAGGAUCCAAAACAACUUGAACGGCUAAGCAACAAAGAACUGUUACUUCAGAACAUUGAUUAUGCACUCGAUAUGUUUCUGAUAUAUGUGCUGACAUUAUCUAUUUUCCCUGGGUUCUUAUCUGAAGAUACUGGUUCACACAGUUUAGGUACAUGGUAUGCUCUUGUUUUGAUAGCAAUGUAUAAUGUGUGUGAUCUCAUCGCAAGAUACAUUCCACUCUUGAAAUUCCUGAAGUUGGAAUCACGGAAAGGUCUCAUGAUAGCAAUUCUUUCUCGGUUCUUACUCAUUCCAGCAUUCUAUUUCACUGCAAAGUAUGGCGACCAGGGCUGGAUGAUAUUGCUGACGUCCUUCUUGGGGUUAACUAAUGGUUACCUCACUGUUUGUGUCAUGACUUCUGCACCAAAAGGCUACAAGGGACCGGAGCAAAAUGCCUUGGGAAACCUUCUGGUGUUGUUUCUUCUAGGAGGUAUUUUUGCAGGGGUAACACUGGACUGGUUAUGGCUAAUAGGUAAAGGCUGGUGAGUGCUGAUUCUGGCUGAUUUGAAGGAAGUGAAAUGUUUUUAGAUUGUGAAGGAAAACGUAUUAUGAGAUGAAGAUUCAUUUAGGAUGGAAAUAUGAAAUGUGAGCCACACAUACACACAAAAAGAUUCUUUAGAACUUGCUUCCACACUUUUUCUGAAUUGUAAUGUUGUUAGUGUUGAAUUAAACUAUAAGUGUUUUUCCACCAUCAAACUCACAUCGUAUUCCCAAAGCUAGCAACUCUUUUUCUUCCUUUUCUGUAUGAUGGAAUUUGUUUUUAAAGAAAAUGAUUAGUACAGAUGCAACA